UCGACAAAUCUCGCAUUUGAACCUUACGAAUAUCGUUUGGCGUGUUUGUUGAGGAUGGGGUUGCAGCUGCCAGCUGUCAGCUGGAUACAAGAGUGUAAUUGUGGGUCGGUGUUGGACGAUAUGGGAUAUCACCUCCUCACUUGUAAAAAAGGCGGAGGACCGGUUUGGUCCCAUGAUUCAGUGGUGAGCAACUGGGACGACUGCCUGCGGCAAUUGAAAAUUCAUCACAAAAGAGAGCCAAGAGACCGGUAUAGUAACAGCAACAACCGGCCUGAUAUCGUGGUAUUUGAUGUCGGUACGGGGGCCAACACAGAGUUAGAUGUUGCUCUGUCACAUCCCUGGGCAUCAGACAUACUCUGUCAAGCAGCAUUGAGAGAUGGAGCAGCUGCAACGAGAAGAGAGGACAGGAAGUUUUCGAAAUAUAGUCAAAUUAAGCUUCCUGGCAUGGCAUCUAUGAAGUUUGUCCCUCUUGUUAUGGAACAUUUUGGCCGUUGGGGUGAUGAAGCGACCAAGUACCUCCAGGAGCUUUCGCAAAGAUCAACCGACGACGCAGGGAAUCACAAUUCUAAGGCAUUUAUGUGUUAUUGGCGAAAACGCUUUUCGACAACGCUGCAGAAGUGCAAUGCAAAGACGAUCUGCAAGAAGAUAUUGACAUUAACUUCCAAUGACAAUAGAAAUAUAGAUAUAGAUGACUUCCUUACACAGUUUUUUAUUCAUUAGCUUAGUAGUUAUGGCCAGAAAAGGCUUUAAAGCAGUAGCACAGCUUGUUAGCCAUGAACAUAGUUUGUAAUAGUAGUCAUGUAUGAAAAUAUAUUAUAUGACAGA